AUGAUCCGAAAGUGGUUGAAUUAAUAGAAAAUUUAAAGGGUGAUUAGGGCAUAAUAAAAUUUGAUGAGGAAUACAAUUAUACCUGACAUAGAUAAUAAGUAUCAAAUCAAGAUAGCGAAGUUGUCGAAUGAAAAAAAAAAAACAGUAUACAGUUAUGCUGUCCAUAGAAACAUUAAAAUAGGGGAGAAAAUCUAAAAUUAUAUUAACUAAGCUCAGAAUAGAGUUAAUUAAACCAGGAGACAAAUAAAACCGAUUAGAUUUAGGACUCAAUAAACCACUAGGACUGAGAAUAGCGUUGAAAGAUCAUACAAUAUAUGUCCUUAACAUUCUAUUUAUCUAAAAAAUCGCAAAUCUGUUAGGACAAGUUCUGUGAUCGGAGCUAUUAAAACAUAAUAGUCGAAUUCUCAAUUGAGCUUCUAUAAGAAAAGCUCGAUUCCUAAACUGAUCACUAAAAGAAACACUCUAUUUUCUUAAACAAGACAUUCUCAAUAAAUUGAAUUUAUUAAAUAUGAAAAAAUAUGA